AGCCUAACGCGCAAUGUUUCACUUUUUCGAGUAACUGUACCAACGGACGCUACGGGAGUCCGCAGCCGGCAUAGGUUCAGUUGGCAGCAGUACGCACAACGAGAAGCAUUACCAUGGCCGAUAUCUCCAAGGACGAGAUCCGUAAGGAGAUCACCGCUAUUCUGAAAGAUGCUGACCUUACUACAAUGUCUGCAAAGAAAGUAAGGCAACAGAUAGAAGAAAAAUUGGACGUCGAUCUCACAGAAAGAAAAAAGGAAGUAGAUGAUUUAGUGAUGGAGUGUCUACAAGAAAAACAAGAUGGUGCAAAGAAAAAGAAGAAGGCUGCAAGUGAAGAGUCAGAGGAUGGAGAGGAGGAGGAAGAAGAAGGUUCGGAGGAGGAAGAAGAAGAAGAGGAAAAGAAGCCUGCUAAAAGAAGUCCUACUAAGAAAACAUCUAGUAAGCGUAAGAAAGAUUCCUCUGCUGAUGAAGAAAGUGCUAGCGAUGAAGAUGCUAGUGAUGAAGAAUAUAGUCCACAGAAGCCAAAGGCAACACCUAAGAAAGGAAAACCUGGUAAAAAAGGCAAGAAGAAAGGUAGCGAUAGUGAUAGCGAUGAGGACUGGGGCAAAAACAAAAAAGCUCCAGGAAGCACUGCUAAGAAAGGUAGUGGUAAAGGUAAAGGUGGAGGUUAUACUCGUGCUAUUACAUUGUCUCCAGAACUAGCAGCUGUUGUUGGUGCAGAUCAAAUGGCUCGACAUGAAGUUGUAAGGAAAGUAUGGAGUAUUAUCAAAGAAAGGAAUCUUUAUGAUCCGAAAAACAAACAGUUUGCAAUCUGUGACGAUGAAUUAAUGAAAAUUAUUGGUGUAAAGCGUUUUAGAACCUUUGGUAUGAUGAAAUACCUCAAAAAUCACUUUUUAAAUUAAAUCACUCAAUCCCGAUCUCUGACAGGUUAUAAACAUUGUAUAACAUAUUCCAAGGCGGACUGUGCGCCUCUCCAUCUUUCUCACACAAUACAUGCAUAAAUACAUAUACAUGAACACAAAAAACAUAUUUGAAAAUAAGACUAGCCAUGUUUACAUCAUUCCGAUGUGCUCUGUCGAUCAUGAUAACAGCUCUUUCUCUCUCUCUCUCUCUCUCUCUCUCUUUCUCUCUCUCUCUCUUUCUCUCUCUUUCUCUCUCACUUUCUCUCUCUUCUAAAUAUUGUAUUUAAUUUCUGUGAUUUAUGGGCAUAGUCGAGUUGUCGAAAAGGCAAAUAAGUUUAAACGAACGUCCUUUAAUGUUGUAGGUAGGAACUUAGAGCUGUUAUCAAGAUCGUUCAAAAUGAUUUCAAAAUAUGAAAAAUAAUUAAUGGUGGCCAAGGAUUAUUAAACUGAUCUUAUUUUAUUACAUUCAGAAUUAAAACUUAUUAAUCUGCGCGUUGUCGUCUCAUUAUUAAUAUACUUAACAUGAAUUAUUCAGUAAAGAUGUAUUGUGGCUAUGAAAAUAAGAUGUUCAUAUGAAAAUAUUCAGACAGAAGAAUAAUAAGGUUGAAAACGUCUGAAUAUUGUUUUAAAAUUAUUGUUAAUUUUAUUAUGUGACAUCAUUAUCUCAUUAACUUAACUCUUAUCUUAUUACCUUUGAGAAAGUUCUACUUCGAUAAACAAUGGCCGCCCAAUGGCAUAAACCAUUCUAACGUGAUCUUGUGCGUUCUGUAGUUCAUAUAUAGUCCGCUCGGUUAUUAUAUUUUAUGUUGUUUUCAAUUUAUUUUUAGAUUCAUUAUUGAUUUAUUCUUUGAGAGUGGAUGAUGCAUAGGGAUAAAUUGUUUUUGCCACCAAAGGGUAAAGAAAAUACGUGGAAAAAGUUGAUUAAAUAGAGUUAAAAGAAGAAGGAAGGAAGGAAGGAAGGAAGGAAGGAUGGAAGGAAAAAAAAUAAUAAUAAAUAAAUAAAAAAAAAAAAAAUAAAAAUAAAAAAAAAAAGAAAAAAAAAAAGAAAUAAGCGGACAGAUAAACGAUGGAAAAUCAACAUCCUGUACCUCUUCUGUAUAAUAGCUACAUUAUACAUUGAAAUUAAUUCUUAAGCGAAGUUUAAUUGUAUUAUCGUGUAAUUACUAAUUAUUGUCGUAAUAAUAGGUUUCUUGGUGUAAAAAUUGACCUAACUUUUAAGAUCUAAUCCUAAAGUGAUGUAUUCAGUAAAAAUUAAUGACGUAUGCAUACAAAAAAAAAACAAACAUAAUAAUAAUAUUAAUAA